UCAGUCUUCCUGCUCUGUAAGGCUAGGUUCACAUCUGUGCGGGUGGUGCCACUGCGGAUCCGCACGAAAAUCCGUGCAGCCGCACCACCCGCACAGAGAAAUGCGGGCCUGCGGGUGGGUGUCAUUAGUUCUAAUGGCACGCAGCCCACACUGGAAAAUGCAACCGUACUGGGAACCAAGGUUCCUGUGCGGGCUGCGUUUUCAAAAGAAGUGCAGGUACUUCUUCCCUGCAUGUCACGGACACGGGAGUCCAUUCAAAUGAAUGGGCUCUCGUGCCCGUGCAAAACACGGCCCGCACAGCCACAUAUAUGUGAGCCGGGGGUUAAGGCCAGUUCAUACCAGUGCAUUUUAGUGCAGCUGUAAGACACAAAUCAACUGAAGAACAUCUG